GGCACUGCGUGGUAGCCCCUCCAGCCCCCUGCCAACCAUGCUCGAGUACCGGUACUCUACCCGCCCAAUUCGAUGCCCAGUUCUCAAUUCUGGGACCGCCUUGCGUCCAGUUUUGUCCGUGGCAUCAGAGCUAGACCACUCCGAGGCACGCGCUCACCACAACUCAGAUUUGAAGAAGGAAAAAUAUGCUGGGUCAAGCUAGCUGCAGGAGUCCCCGCUGUCGUCCUCCCCGCUCCAAUUCCCCUUUGCUCUCGCACAUCCACCCCCUCCCGGUCCCACCCUCCUACCGCUCCCGCCAUCACUUCUGUUGCUUGUCCUCUUUGUCGUUGGGUUGGGGCCGUCUCGUCUUGACCCGUGCUACCGCCCGCUCCCCGUUCACCCUGCACACCGACUGCACCACCGGCACUUGCUUCUUCCCCCUUCCUACAGCCAGUAUUAUACUGUACAUAGCUUGCUAUUAUACUUCUUGCAUACCACGGUUCACUGUACCCAUCAUACUGCAUACCAAGCAAUAGCAUUGCCGUGCAGACCUUGGCUACCGUAUCGCCUCUAGUCACCCCCAUCAUCUCCAGAAAAGAAACCCCCGAGGAAAAUCGAUCAAGAAAGAGUAGUUUGUAACAUCUCCGGUUCCGUUUGGUUUCUACUCUCCACCGCUCGUUGCCCCCCCCCCCCCCCUCUCCUCCGUCCACACCUCUCCCCUCUACUUACUCCUGCUUGGCCGCUCAUACCUACCCACCACCUUUUGACAGCUGCGAAACUUGACCCACUUAGUCUGCCCUACUGCUACUGCCUUACUUCGAAUUACCUUGCCCUUCACCCUCUUUCUCGCUUUGCUCCCUUUUUCCAUCCUUCGGUUUUCAGGUCUGCAGGACCCCACCUCCCCCCACCCCUCUUCUAACCACCCCUCACCACCCUUCCGAAUUUCCCGCCCCUGUCGUCUUUUCCCUACCACGGGAGGCAGCAACACGACUUAUCAAAAAAUAAUUCUCAACCGCUCGCUUCGACCCACCCCGUUGCUUUUUAUUUUCCUGAUCACACACAAAAUGCCUUCUAAGGAUACGGAUAUCACCACCGCGAAGGAAACCGCUACGGUUGAGGGCGGCGAAAGCGUGAGUCCUGCUAUGUCGCUGUUUACCGUCAAUUAUUGUGGCUUUGCUGAUGGCAGUACCAGUCCCAACGGGUGCCGCUUGAUAGUAACGACGGAACAGUCACUAUUGACUUCGCAACUUUCGAACAGAUUUUAGAGAUGGACGAUGAUGAAGACCAUGAGUUUAGCAGAACAAUUGUCUGGGGGUUCAUGGAUCAGGCAACGGAGACGUUCCAGAGCAUGAGCGAUUAUCUGUGCGUCUUUUCCAAUCCUUCCCGCCUCUGUCACCACCUCUGUCUGACAGGGUCUAUAUUCAGUAUCGCUAACAUGAAUAUACUUUCCUCACUUCAGUAAGAAGAAAGACCUCAAAGAACUCUCGUCGCUUGGCCAUUUCCUCAAGGGCUCCUCCGCUACCCUCGGUCUCACAAAGGUGAAGGAUUAUUGUGAGAAAAUCCAGAACCUCGGUUUAAGUCGAGAUGAGACUGGCGUUGGCAGAAUCGAAGACCCUGAAGUAAGCCUGGCAGGAAUCAAGUCUGCACUUGACGAGAUGAAGAAGGAGUAUACACGUGUGCGUGAUUACUUCAUCGGAUACUACGAUAAUCCCAACGGAAAUCACCAACCAUGAAUUUCUUUUCCAACCUUCUCUGCUAGGUUUGAAGUAUAUAGUCGACGAGACAUACGAGGAUCGGUUGGGCGUGGAUAAGCAUUACAAGGAGACUCCCACGAUUGUAGGGGGAUUCGGCAUUGUUUGUGGAUGGUCGGGAGUCGGGUUGCAUUCUUUGUUCAAGUAGGCCGUGCUUGUGCUGUCUGUUUCCUCUCCUUUCCUAUCUUCGCUGAGUGUUAUCAUCCUACCGCUUUCAAAUGGGUAUCUUCUUUUUUUGUUAUUUUCGCGGGUUUAGUGGACUCUUCGCAUUGAGCAUCUUCCUUCUUCAUUGUUUGUUAAAGCAGGUCUUUGGUUUUCUCGUCUCUCUUAAUUCUUCACACCUUUUCCCAAAAUCAGUUGUCCCCAGUCUCCUUUAUCCCAUUGCUUGUAAUGUGAUUACCCGCUCUUGAAUUUCCCCUUCCGCACAACUUGGGCCUCUGCCUUCCUCACAUACACACCCGCUACCUCUCCCUCUCCUUGUUUUAGAGGAUGACCAAUGGAGAAUUGGUUGUAUCUGGAGUAAGUCAAAUGUUAUAGCAGAGACGCUGAGGGAGGAAGCGAAAGAAAAGGGGAGAAAAAACAAUCUUGUGGCCUCUAGAUAGAGAGAGGGAACAGACGACAUCUCAACCCCCCCCCCCAAAAAAAAACACUAAAAUUGUUAGGUGUGUGCUUGUAUGUUAUGUCCUACCCUGUAUCAUACUGUAAGUUGUGCGCCGGAUUCAUGAGACCACCAAGCAAGACAGGAAGGAUGAGCACCUUCAAACGAGAAAUAUCUGCUUACAAUAUUCCUCCCCUUGUCGAUAAACAAGCACAUGGCAAUAACAUCAUGAUAGUGAUUUUUUAUUUUGCAACACCGUGCUAUGUGUAAGGCUGUCUCCAUCAAGUCAUCCUUGGAUCCCUUUCAUUCCCACCUUUUUUUGCCUCCCUACACGCACCUCACUGCUUCCUCUCUUUCCUCCUUCACCCAAUCUCGGGCAUCGUGGCGCGGUGGUGGUGGCAGCCAUGGAUUUCCCGGAACGGUGGUGGAAAACAAUCAUUAUGGAAUGGAAUAUGCCAUUUCCACUGUGCCUCCUGCCUUCCCGGUGAGAUAGCACUCGAGUACCAUACUAGCAAAUCGAUAAGCUAGAAUCGUAAUGAUGAUACCACACCCCUUCACCGCACCGACAGCUACCGGUAGACGGAAGUGAAGCUCAACAACCAUCACUACAGUACUCGAGCACCGCACCGUACUCAUACGGUAGACUGCAACAACAGCAAUAUUCUCACGCUCCCCGCACCCUUUUUCAAGUCUCUGUUCGCUUCAAGCCUAACUGUCCUCCUUCUUUAUGGCUGAGGCUGGUAAGGAUAACAGAUGUAUGUUCUCUUUUUUUCACUUUCACUUUCUCUUUCCCUCGGCACACGUCAUCGGUGGGUUGUGUAUGGUACCGGAAGGUAGGUUGGGUACCGUAUGUGAGACAGGGCACUGGAAGAAGAGAAAACACUAAUCCCAGAUCUCUACUGUAAUGCCACCCACCCUCUUUCUCGUUCCCUUUGGUGGUGGUGGUGGGAUGAUCUUUGCGUUGUUU